AUGGCGGCCGUGUCGCGGGGCGACGCCGAGGCGGCCCUGCGCGGGGUGUCGGCGCGGGCGGUGCCGGCGCCGGCCAAGACGCCAGCCCGAGUCGCGCCGGCAAAGCCGACCGGGACCGCCAAGGCCUCUCCAGCGGCACCAGCGAUUGCGAUUGGCGGCGGCGGCGGCGGCGGCGGCGGCGCUGCUCUCGACUCGACUCGCGCUCCGGCGGCGGCUGCCGACGCCGCCGCCUCCCGCGAGCACGCCUACCUCGAGCUGAGCGUCGGCGGCGAGGCUCGGGGCAGACUCGUGGCGGAGCUCUUUGGCGACCUCGUGCCGCGCACGGCGGCCAACUUUGCGGCCCUCUGCGCCGGCGCGAGCGUGGCGGGGCGGAGGCUCAGCUACGAGGGUUGCGCCUUCCACAGGCUGGUGCGUGGCUUUGUGCUCCAAGGCGGCGAUGUCAUCAGCGGCGAUGGCUCCGGCGCCGCCUGCAUCCACGACGACCGCCGGCUCGACCUGCCGCACUCGCGGCCGGGGCUGCUCUCGAUGGCGAACAUGGGCCGCGACUCCAACGGCUGCCAGUUCUUUGUCACGCUGCAGCCGGCACCGCAGCUCGACGGCAAGCACGUCGUGUUUGGCCGCCUCGUCGCGGGGAUGGCGCUGCUGCGGCAGCUCGAGGAGAUGCCCACCGACGCCACCGAGCGGCCCGCCACCCCGAUCGUCAUCACGCGGUGCGGCGCGCUC